AUGCACGAGCGGCUCGGGAGCGAGCUGCUCGGGCGCGUCGCUGCGGCCUCCGGCGGGCUCGUCGCGCUACGGUGUACGUGCAAGGGCGCCAACGAGCUCCUCUCUGACGAUGCGGUGGCGGCGGCUGUGCUCACGGUUAUGCCGGAGCUCUCGUGGCUCGGCGGCAGCGGCCUGCGCGAGCUCUGGUGCAGACUAUCGCCGGUGUUUGACCGGCGCCUCCUCGACCUGCACAACCCGAUCCCCGGCGAGUUCGGCCUUGGCCCGGAGCUGCGGAAGGAUCUGUUCUCCUACUUGUCGGUGGCGGUGCGGCGAUCGCUCCUGACGUACCAGCUCGGCGUCAUGCGGCUGCAGGACAUCGUGUCCGGCAUGUUCCGCGAGGUCGCCCUCAGCAAGCCGGAGUCGCGGAGGGUUGCAAACGGCUUCUUUUCGAUGUUCGGGGUGGCGUCCGAGGCGGUGCGCGCGAUGUGCGAGGGCGGCACGGGGGAGGAGGCGCUGAACGAGCUUCUCGCCGCGUGGCGUACCCGGCACUCCCCUCCCUCGCUCUCACGCGUCGCGCUCACCGCCAGCCCCGACCUCUCUACGAUAUCCUUUACGAGUAUUAGGUGCGGCCUCACGCCGGGCUUCGCGUGCGCCGUCGAGCACCGCGAGCUAUACAGUUUGCUCCAGAUCAUCGACGCGUCGGCCCGGCCCGACCUGCGGUACGAGAUGGACCGCGCCGCCAACAUCACACUCGCCAUCACCUUCCAGGACGGCACGCCGCUGCUCGCCGAGCACGGCCUCUCGCUCCCCGACGUCGACGCCAUCGUCGCGGGGGUCGGCAUCGACGGGCCCGACAAGAACGCGUUGCGGCGCGAGGCCUUCGACGUCGUCGACCGCCAGGUCUCGAAGGCGGGGUGCGUCUACGGCGACCUUGUUGAGAAGAUGCGCGAGACGGGCGACUUCGCGCGGAUAAACAAGCUCAACUCGUACGGCGAGGCGCUGGGGGCGGAGGGCGGGGCGGGGGGCGCGGCGGCAGGGGGCGGCGUGGCGGAGCUCCCUAGCAAGGCGGAGGCGGACGAGGGCGAGGCGAGCGAGAGCGAGGACCAUGAGGACGGCGGUGAGGACGAGGGGGAGGAGGACGAGGGGGGGGAGCUACUAGGGCGGCCGUCUCUACGGCGCUCGACACCGUGUGAGGCGCACACACGGGUGCAGGCGCAGGUGCGCGGCAUCCUCCCCGCCAUCAAGGCGGGCGCGAGCGCAGAGGUGACGGUCAUCUACCUCGACCUACACAGCGAGCGGCACGUCAAGAAGUUCUCGCUCUCUGCGGCCGACGCGACGCCGCGCGGCUGCGACCGGCCAUUUCAGCAGCUCCUGCGCAAGCUCUACAUGCACACGCACCGCAUCGUCGAGCCGGAGAAGAUGAAGCGGCGCGUGGCGGUGCGCAGCUGGAUCACCGCGUGGGGCGUGACGCUCAACUUCAUCCAUGCGGGCAGGCUGAUCUGCCUCGACAAGUUCGCGGCGAUGGCGAAGCGCACCGACGAGGAGCAGGCGGAGGUGCGCGAGGCCGAGCUCGCGCGGUUCGAGGCGGGCGCGACGGACGCGUGGGCUCUCGGCUUCGGCGGCCGCGCUGGGCGCGCAGCGCGGCUGCACGCGGCGGACACGGUGGAGCGGGUGGGGCGCGAGGCCGCCGCCGCCGCGGAGGGCGCUGCGAGGGCGAGCGGCGCGUCGGAGGCGGCCAUCAAGGCGGCGGGCGAGGCGGCAGGCCACGCGGCGCGCCGCUUUCGGACGCCGGCGGCGGCGGCGGCGGAGGGCGCUGCGGCGGCGGGAGGCGCUUCGGCCGCCGCUGUCAAGAAGGCGGGAGCGGCGGCGUGCAGCGCGGCGUGGCGCGGUGAGGAGGAGGCGGAGGUGGUGGCGGCCGGCGCGGCGGCGGUGCUGACGCAGUCGGCGGCGGAGGCCGAGCGCGACCCGCGGGCGGUGGCGGCGGCGGCGGAGGCGGCGGAGGCGGCAGAGGCGGCGGCGCGCCAGCGCCGCGAGACUUCCUCCGCCGCCAUCGCGGCCGCCGGUGUGGCGGCUCGCAAGGCCUCACUGAGCGGCAAGAGCAAAGAGGACGCGGUGGCUGCCGGCGCGGCGGCGGCGGAGCGCGAGACGGCGGCCGAGGCGGCGGCGGAGGCGGCGGAGGCGGCGGCGCACCAGCGCCGCGAGACAUCCUCCGCCAUUGCGGCCGCCGGUAUGGCGGCGCGCGCCGCCUCACUGAGCGGCAAGAGCAAAGAGGACGCGGUGGCUGCCGGCGCGGCGGCGGCGGAGCGCGAGACGGCGGCCGAGGCGGCGGCGGAGGCGGCGGAGGCGGCGGCGCACCAGCGCCGCGAGACUUCCUCCGCCGCCAUCGCGGCCGCCGGUGUGGCGGCUCGCAAGGCCUCACUGAGCGGCAAGAGCAAAGAGGACGCGGUGGCUGCCGGCGCGGCGGCGGCGGAGCGCGAGACGGCGGCCGAGGCGGCGGCGGAGGCGGCGGAGGCGGCGGCGCACCAGCGCCGCGAGACAUCCUCCGCCAUUGCGGCCGCCGGUAUGGCGGCGCGCGCCGCCUUGCGGAGCGGCAAGAGCAAAGAGGACGCGGUGGCUGCCGGCGCGGCGGCGGCCGAGCGCGAGACGGCGGCCGAGGCGGCGGCCGAGGCGGCGGCGGCGGCGGCGGCGACGGCGGCGCGAGGGGCAGGAGUUGUGGCGCCAGCCGCCGUUGCUGCGGCGAGGAAAGCAGCUUGCGAGGUAGCUAGGGCGGGCGAGGCGGGCGCGCUUGCGGCGGGCGCGGCGGCCGCGGCGGAGGUGAUCAAGGCGGAGGCGGCGGCCCAGCUUGAGCUCACACAGGCCGUCUCGAGGGAGGGCCUCAAGCUCUACUCGCGCCCCCAAAGCGUCACCGGCUACAAGCAUGUCAAGUGGGACACCACUCGGCAGGGCUACCAAAUUGGGGCCCCAGCCAAACCAUCAGGGUACUACCCGACUGCGGCCGCCGCCGCGCUGGCCUACUCGCGGCACCUCGCGAACGCGCGCGACGUCGCCGCCCCGGGCGUGCGCAUCGUGCUGAGGACUGAGACGGAGGACGGCGAGACCGAGGAGACCGCGGGUACAGUCGUCGCACGGGACCUCAAUUUUGAGGUCGGGUUGGACGCGCGACGCGACGACUCGUUCCUCGUCCGCUUCGACUUUCCAUACAACAGCGCCGUGUACGACGCUUGGGUGUCGACGCAAGCAGGCGACGAGUGGUGGCUCGAGCGAGACGAUGAGGACACGCGCGCGGCGGCGGCGGCGCGGCGCGUAUCGCGGCUGGGACUUUCAGUCCCUGCAGCGUCGCCGGCAGAGCCAGGCGCGGCGAGCAGCGCGGCACCGGCGGCGGGCGGUACGGCGGCGGGAGGCAGCGGCGGCAGCGCAGCAAGACGCGUUUGCACGGCAGUCGCGUGGACCUUGGAGGAGGACGCGGUUAUCCGCCGGGGCGUUGAGAAGUAUGGCGAGCAGUGGAUGCAGAUCAUCCGCGAUGGAGGGCUACACCAAGAUCGCACCGGCAGCGCAGUGCGCAACCGCUGGGGGCGGCUCAACAAGGGGCUUUCCAUUGGGGUGCGACCGCGGCCAACGGCCGCCCCCGCCGCGAGGCGCGGUACGGGGGCGGGCGGGGCAGGCAAGGAGAACCUCGCAGUGCAGCAAAAGGUGGGCCAGACGGCCGCUCCGGCUCGCCGCAAGCGCGCCGCGGGCGGCAGCGGCGCGGGCAGCGGCCCCGCUGCGAAGCGGUUGCCGGCGGAGGUGCUGUAUGUGUACGGACGCGGGGUGGGGCAAGGCGCGGCGGGGGCGUCGCUCAACGUGCCUGGCCCUCCCGCUCCGCGCUACCCGUUGACCGCGGGGUUGCCCGUCUCGCUUCGCUUCUACGCAUGGGACAACCUCAGCCCGGCGCAGCAGGCCGCCAUGGGAAACAUGCAGUGGUGGAUCAACCUGUACGCGCGCACCCGCACUUGGAUCCUGGCCAAGGACGCGCGCGGCGUCGAGUUUUGCUUGGGCGUCCCGCGCGGCGUGGUGCCCAACAGCAUCACGCUCGGCCCGCCAGGCAACGGCCACACCAACACCCUCGCAACGUCGUGGACGGCGGGCGACUCGUACCGCAUGCUCAUCCAAUGA